GUCAACUCGUGCACAGACAUCGCCAGUCAAGAUGUGGGAGUGCGCGACGUGUCCCCGCGAGUUCGGCUCCUGGCAUGCGCGCAAUCAGCACAUGGAUGCGGUCGAUCACUGUGUCGAAUGCGAGACCUGCACCGAUCAGUUCUAUACUCAAAAUGCCUGCAAUCAGCAUAUGAACGAUUGCGACCACUGGGCACCGAGAUAUGGUUGUGAAGCCUGCAGUCUACAGUUCGACUCUUUCAAUGGCGCUCGACGACAUAUGGACAAUAACAACCACUGGCGACAGCACUAUUGCUGUGAAUGCCAGAGGGGUUUCCAGAAUGAGAACAACCUCCAGCAGCACCUUCGAGGAGCAGCUCAUAUGGCGAACAGUAUCACCUGCCCUUUUUGCAAGAGGGGACAUACUACUGCGAGCGGCGUGGCACAUCACCUCGAGACUGGUGCUUGCCCAGCAGCACGUAACUUGAAUCGAGAGACCAUCUACAAGAUCAUCAAUGAGCGUGGACACUCGAGGAGCCAUCACCAACAAGCAGCUGACUUGGCACGAAGAAGAGAACGCCGAGUUGGUUGCGAGUAGCGCCAGCUGGAACGGCUACGCCUACGAAUGCUACCUGUGCCAUCGUGACUUCGGCUCUCUACGCGCCCUGAAUCAGCAUGUUAGCUCGCCGGCCCACAAGCAGAAGAUCUACCAUUGUCUAAGCCGUUCUUGUGGGAGACAGUUUACUGCCCUCGCGCAGCUAUUCAAUCACCUCGAGAGCGAGAGCUGUGGAGCAACGAGAUUCAGCGUCGUGCAGAAGAAUGCUGCCGCCGUCUUUUCUGGGCAGAGGAUGAUUGGUUGGUAGAACCAGGGGACUUGUAUUGGGAUGCUAUCUGUAACUCACGGUGGAUGCACCUGUGAAAGCCAGGAGCUUCACAGCUGUCCUCUGAUUUGGGCUUUGAUAUGACGUUGGUAUCGCAGAAGGUCGUUCGUAUAUUCUCGAUGUGCGCUCUUGGCAUGUCAGACCCCUUAUGGAGGCCGUAGGAUGGCGGAAUUGAAGCAGAAGAUGCUAGAGUUACUGACGGAACUGUCCGACGACGCUGCGAAAAGUCGUGUCGAAAUGUGUGCAAAUGCAGCUCUGCCGAAUCGACUUUCCCAUGCAGCCAGGAAUGUAUGAAGCGAGCGGCCGGUUUCCUUUGCAGCAUUAGCACACUUCGCGCUGCCCUACUCAUGGGCGGGCCGCAGACGUACCUAAUCAUCUUCAAGAACUUUCUGACGAUGCUCCUCCAGCCACGUAGGAUUGACCGGGACUUGCUCCGCCAGGGAGUCGCGCAGUCGCAGCAUUGCCACUUGGAUUUCCCACAUCAAUUCACGGUUCAGACGCCAAAGACAG